CGCCCUCACUCCACUCCUUGCUACUGAAGUGGCGCGUGCUGCACACUCGCCGCAUUCUUCCGUCUUUUACGGGCGAUCGGAUUAGUUUAGCAGAUGUUCUUAAAAGACCUAUGUCUGAGUUAACUAGGGACUGGAGAGUCAAGCUUCACAUAUAGCGGAACUAGUUUUACUAUUUUUAGUGUUGUGGGGAGCAACUGGAAAGAUGAGUUCAGGAAGGGGGAGUGGAAGACCAUUUACUGCGGCAAAUGGUAAUGAUUCCUUGUCCAAAGGGAAAAGCAUAUAUGAAUCCAACCCAAAUAUUGAGCAGUUGUCUCAAGGUGUUGCUGAUGCUAACCUAGACUCAGGACAAGAGGGUGGAUGGGAGGUAUAUGGAAGGAAGUCCAAGAACAGAGCUGGAAGCAGUGCUGCAAAAACAUGGGGUCCUUCAAUUCAUAAUUCUUACCCUAGAGCAUUGGGGAAUACAGAUGUGGCUCAAAAGCCAGGCCUCCGGCACCAUGCAGGUGCUGGGCGGGCUUCUGGGAAUCCCUGGCAGGCACAAAAUGCUAACUUUAAGAGAACUGCUGGCAGAGGAAAUGCAAGACCCCAGGUAUCUACCACUACCAGUAGUUCUGAAAGUACAAACGUGACUCCAAAUCCUUUGAUUAGCCCUCCAUUGGAGCAUGGCUGGAAUUGGCAAUCUAGAGCUAAUUCAAUGCAGCCUAAACCCAACCCCCAGGGAGAAAAUGAAAUCACACUUGAGUCCACUGAGAAGAAUAAUGAUGUUGAUGAUGAGGGGGAGGAUGAUUCUGAUGCUAUGGAAGAUACUGAUGAUGAUCUAAUGAGUGAUGAGUAUGAAUCGGAUAGCAGUCAAAAGAGCCAUGAGACUAGGAAGAACAGCAAAUGGUUUAAGAAGUUUUUUGAGAUGUUGGAUAGCCUGACUGUUGACGAAAUCAAUGAGCCUGAAAGGCAAUGGCACUGUCCAGCUUGUCAAGGUGGCCCUGGUUCUAUUGAUUGGUACAGAGGACUGCAACCGCUGAUGACCCAUGCCAAGACAAAGGGUUCUAAAAGGGUUAAGGUCCACAGGGAACUUGCAUCACUUUUGGAUGAAGAGUUGUGCAGAAGAGGUACUACAGUAAUUCCACCUGGCGAAGCUUUUGGUAAAUGGAAAGGCUUAAAAGAAGAAGAGAAAGAUCAUGAAAUAGUUUGGCCUCCAAUGGUUAUCAUUCAGAAUACAAGGCUUGAACAAGAUGAAAAUGAGAAGUGGAUAGGUAUGGGUAACCAGGAGCUUCUUGAUUAUUUUAGCUCUUAUGGUGCUGUGAAAGCUAGGCACGCUUAUGGUCCACAAGGUCAUCGUGGGAUGAGUGUUUUGAUUUUUGAAGCCUCAGCUAGGGGUUAUUUUGAGGCAGAGCGUCUGCACAAGCAUUUUAUAGAUAAUGGGACUAAUAGAGAUGCUUGGUUUAGAAAUCACCGUAUUUUAUUUCUUCCUGGAGGGGAUCGCCAGCUUUAUGGUUACAUGGCUAUUAAAGAUGACCUGGACUUCUUCAACAAGCAUUCCCAAGGUAAGUCAAGACUGAAAUAUGAGAUGAGAUCAUACCAUGAGAUGGUUACAAACCAAAUUCGACAGAUGAGUGAGGACAACCAGCAGCUUAUAUAUUUGAAGAACAAGGUUGUCAAAGAAAAAAUGCAUGCUAAGGCUCUUGAAGAAUCAUUUGGCAGAGUGACUGAGAAACUGCGGAAGACUAUGGAGGAAAAUCGCAUUGUGAGAUUGAGAACCAAAAUGCAACACGAGGAAAACAAGGAAGAGAUGAACCUGCAAGAACAAUUUUUUAAGGAUCAGAUGAAAGUCAUUCAUGAAUCAAGGAAUGCUAAGGAAGAAGAUUUUGAGAGGAUGCAGCAAGAAGAACGUGAGAAGGUGAAGGAGUCCAGUGCAAGUUCUAUAAAUGCGGAAGAGCGGAGACGCAGGGCUGACGAAUAUCUGAAAUUCGUGGAAAUCCAAGACAAAGAAAUGGAAAGCUUCGUAGCGGAAAAGGAGAAAUUGCUGAAAGCUCACGAGGACAAUCUUGAUGCGAUGAGGCGGAGGCAUUGGGAGGAGGAGGUUGACAUGGAGAAACGGUUCGAUGAACAACUGGCCGAACUCAUGAAAAAGUACUCCCCAUCUCGCCCUGAAACCAGUUCCUGAUGCCAUGGUUGGGUCAUACAUAAACGCAUACAGAUACAGAUAGUCACAGCGAAAUAGAUGGACAAUAUUAUAUAUAGUUGGAGACUGUUCCUCGUGGACGGCCCAGGCUACAGGCUUUUCCUUUUUUGGUAAACAAACUGGCUACACCUUUUUAAGGCUUGCGAACUUGAAAAUUGAGGUUUCUUCUUGUCUUCAGUUUUGAGAAAAGCCGGGCAGGAACUGGAAAAUGAUGGCUCGUCUGUUCUGUUCUUUGGCAUUUAUUUAUGGAUGGCUUAUUUUGAUA